AUGUUUACAUUAUUCAGUAUCAGUCUUACAACAACGUGACUAUGAGAAAAUCACAAUCACACAUCUGGUCGUUUUUAAACAUGUUUCGUCGUCAAAAUUCGGUGAAUUGAGAGUUAAAAUGUAGGUACGAUGUAACGAACAACGUGUUUUUGUAACUGAAGAUCUACUACCAAAGUAGGAUCCAUCAACAGCAACAUCAGCAAUCAGCAUAAUAAAUAUCAAAGGCUGGAAAAAUGCUCGCAGAAAAGGAGUCUUCGAAUUCGAUAUGGUUCUCGAAACGAUUCGUGGUGGCCAGCGUAUUGUUUCUGUGUUUCGCUAAUUCUAUGAUGCUGCAACACAAUAUGAAUAUUGCUGUAGUCGAGAUGACAUCGAAUAAAACUGUCACCACUGAUGGGGAUGUCACUGUGAUUCAAAUGGCUGAAUUCGAUUGGGAUACAAUAACCAUCGGUACGGUUUCCAGCAUCCUUAUGUAUGGCGGUUUAUUUGCAUUUUUCGUUGGCUAUUUCGUUGACAAAUUUGGAGGCUCGAGCACCUGUGCUAUUAGCAUGAUGAUAUGCGGCGUUUUGACCAUAAUUCAUCCAGCCAUAUUAUACCUAGAUUACUAUGCAUUUUUGGCGUGUCGUUUUGCAACCGGAUUUUUUCUGAAUUUGUUUUACGCCAGCACUUCGGAAAUAUACUCCAGAUGGUAUCCAAAAAAAGAACGAUCUACUUUGAUAACAAUCGGUUACAAUGGAUUAAAUGCUGGUGUAGCGAUUGCACUGCCUUUAUUUGGAUACAUAGCAAAUGAAUGGAAAUGGCCAAUGGUAUUCUACUUCUCAGGUGCUUUAUCCAUAUUUAUUUCAUUAAUUUGUCUGAUUAUCGUGAAGAAUCGACCUUCUGAAGACGAAUGGAUUUCCAAAGCAGAACAGUCCUACAUAUUAGAUGAGACUGACGAUGCUUCGCGAACAGAAGUAUCACAUCCAUAUAUGAAAAUUCUCUUAUCAGGACCAGUUCUCGCAGUUUGUAUUGGCAAGUUCACGUUAAAUUGGAUAAAUACGAUUCUCACUUCCAGUCUGCCUUUGUACGUGAAAGACUUGACAGACAAAAGCACCGAUGAAGUUGGUUUGAUCUCUUCCAUUCCUACAGUUGCCCUUAUCUUUAUGUUUCCUAUUAUUGGUGCGCUUUUGGAUAAAUGGAAAAACAACACCUCAAUUCAGUUGACUUUGAUGCAUAAAAUAUCCAUCAGUGUUGCUUACCUCACAGCUAGUCUACUUUUCAUAGCAACUGCUCUCUUGAACAAUUUUACAACGUCGAUAAUUUUCUUCGUAUUCAUCCAAAUAAUCACGUCGAUUGCCCCAGCAGUAUUGGAGCCAAACAUCGUUGCCAUUUCUUCCAAAGAUUCCAGCGUGAUUGCCGGAUUGAGUAAAUUUUUGUGCUGUACAGCUGUCAUAGUUUCCAGAACUUGUGUUGGGUUCUUGACAAUAAAUCAUAGCUCCCAAGAAUGGAAUAAUUGUUUCUUUUUGACCGCUUGCGUUUUAAUUUUCGGUACAGUGAUAUUUAUUGUGUUCGGAUCGAGUGAAGCUCAACCAUGGUCUUCGUCUUCGACACCGGUCAUAGAUCAAGAACGAGCUCGAUUAGUGAAAAAAAUUCAGUAUAGAAGAAAAUAUUUUACUUGAGCUGAUUUCAGUUACCUACCUUUCCACUCGAAUGUUUAUCGAUAAUACCUACCUACUUAUUAAAAUCGUUCCUUCGUUU